AUGUUGCCUUACACCAUCCGUCGAGUGAGGCAGGAAGACCUGACCCUGGAGAGGGUGUUAAAACAGGGUGCCCAGGGCAUAAUUUACACCGGCACUCUUGUCAGCGACUGGACCUGUACUCCAGUAGUUAUUAAACAACUGCAUUUUUCCAACAGACACCAACUAGAACAAGAAGCCAAAGUUCUGCAAAGUCUUAAUGGUGCAGGAGGCGCCCCGGUGUUGUUUGGGGUCACCCAUGAAGAACCAUUCUACCUGGUGAUGUCUCACUGCCCUGGACACGAGCUUCAAAUGUUCUCCGGGAGUUGUACUCAUCUCGAAGGUCUUCAGGUAUUCAUCAAACUGUGUGAAGCUGUUGAAGAGAUCCACAAAAAAGGCUUUGCUCACAACGAUCUUCAUUCAGAAAAUAUACUUGUAGAUAGAACUUCAAGCAAUUUCAUAAUUCACAUCAUUGAUAUGGGCUACGCAGAACCCUUGACGGGAGACUUAUUUGAUGGAAGAACUUGGCGUGACUACGAAAAACUUGUCUCCCAUGCAAAGGAAAUAGCUCGAACUUUGGACUCAUCGACAAAGUUUGCAGAGUUCAAGAGCAUCGUUGAAACUGCGUCGAAUACUGUCGAGAGUGUGAAGCUUCUGGUGGAGACGGCGAAGGUCUGCUGCGUCCAGGGCAUCGACACUCCACCUUCUGUAUUUGAUGCCCUGGGACACAGCAAACAUAUGUAUCAAACGUACUUCUACUGA